AUGAAACUACCCCAGGGGGACAAAAAGUCUGUGUUGUAUGGUCAGCACCCAGAGAAAAAGGUGCAGCCACGUUACUGGCAAGAAGUAAAGCAGACUCCUACCAUCGCGGCCAUGAUCAAAGGUCCCGGGCCUGCCAAGUACCUCCUACCAUCCUGCAUAGGCUACCGAGACCACGACAUCUCCAUGUUCCAGGAGCCGGCCUACACUCUUCAUACCCGACACUCGGAGAAGUAUGUGUGCAACCCCGGGCCUUGCUAUUUCUUGGAUCCCAAAAUAACCAGGUUUGGAAUGUCCAGCUGCCCGCAGGUUCCCAUGGAGGAGCGCAUCUCCAACCUGCGUCUGAGUCCCACCCCAGCCUCCUGCCAGUACAGCACUGAGAAAGUCCACCCUCCUGGGGAGCGCAGGGCUCCCCAGUAUACUUUCGGCUACCGAUGUCCAUACAGACUGAUGGACCCCAACCCGGCCCCCAAUCAGUACGAGUUACCACUCCUGAUAGGGCCCAACACCCCUGUCAGCCGAGCUGCCCCCUGCUAUAGCCUGGCUUCCCGGGUCAAGAACUGGUUCUACAAGGAGGACUUGGCAGGCGGCCCAGGACCGGCCAUGUAUGCACAGCCUGAACCGUCCAUCUACCAGCACCGCAGCCCCGCCUACAGCAUGGCCAAGCGCUUCGCCUAUUCCAUGGACCACACUCCCCGGCCCGGCCCCGGCUCUCAUGAUGUCCAGCAGGUCACCGUACACAAGCCCCACACUCCUGCUUUCUCCAUGGGCACCAAGCACUCACCCCACCUGUGCCCAUUGGUCAUCCACAUUCGUGACUGA